AUGGUUUAUAUCUCCAGGUCCUAUGACGCAGAGCCACGUGAGCCUCACAUGGCCAGUGAAAAGCCGCGACUCUUCACCUUCAGUGCCCGAUCGGAGGAGGGGGUGCGUGAGGUCCUGAAAGAAGUCAGAAAGAAUGCGAAGAGUGUGGAGUUCCAAGCUCUGAUACAGGACAGUGCCAACAUGCCCACCAACCAGGUGCCCUUCAGAGGAUACACAAUAAUCAAUGGCACCUCUGAGGUGGAAGAGAUCAAUCGUUGCAGUCCUGAUCGCAGACCAGUUUGGUUUAUUUUCGCUGGAAUUGGCUCCCAGUGGCAAGGCAUGGGUCGGAAAAUGAUGGAGCUGGCCAAGUUCCGAGAGACCAUUGACCGGUUGUCAACUGUGCUCCGCCAACACGAUGUUGACCUGCACGACCUUAUCAUGAACGACAGCGGGACAAAGUACGGCGAGGUCCUCACAGCAUACGUUGGGAUUGUCUCCAUCCAGACGAAUACUACACCAAAAUGUCCAUCUUAUUUCCAGAUCGCCCUUGUUGACCUCCUCCACACCUUGCACAUCUUCCCCGAUGGACUAGUCGGUCACUCCGUCGGGGAGUUCGGCUGUGCUUACGCUGACGGCUCGCUCACAGCGGAGGAAACAGUGCAGGUUGCUUACUGGAGGGGCAGGUGUCUGCAGGAGGCAAAACUACCCCGGGGAAAGAUGGUAGCUAUCGGUCUGUCCUGGGACGAAUGUAAUGAGCUUUGUCCAGAGGGCGUUGUUGUGGCCUGCCACAACUCUGCGGAAAGCGUCACCAUCGCAGGAGCGUAUGACGCUGUCACGAAGUUUGCUGAAGAGCUCAAGGCUAAAGGAGUCUUUGUCCGUGACGUCAACUCUUCCAACAUGGCGUACCAUUCUCCGUUCAUGAACGAGGUCGCACCCGUGUUGAAAGCUAAGUUAGAACAGGUGAUCACCCCCAAGAAGCGUUCGCCCAAGUGGGUGAGUACUUCUGUGCCCGAGGCUCGCUGGGGAGAGGAACUGGCUCAGUAUUCCUCGGCAGAAUACCAUGUGAACAACUUGGUGAGUGCCGUGCUGUUCCAGGAAGGCCUCCAGAAGGUUCCCAGCAACGCCAUCGCCAUUGAGAUCGCUCCGCACUGUCUGCUGCAGGCCAUCCUGAAGAGGUCGCUCAGCACCGAGGCUACCUUUGUGGGGCUCAUGAAGAGGUUCCAUGAGAACAACAUCGAGUUUUUCUUCAACAGUCUUGGAAAGUGUUUUGCCAACGGAAUGGACCUGAACCCGAUGAAGGUCUACCCUCCCGUGCAGUACCCAGUGCCACGUGGCACUCCCAACGUCUCCACGUGCAUCUCCAAGAUCUGGGACCACUCCGUGACCUGGUCUGCCCCCCAUGGAGAGGACUUCCCCACGAGCGGGGGCGGCGCUUCCUCGGGCGCUGUCUUUGAGAUCGACGUCUCGGAGGAAUCGCCCGACCACUACAUUGUGAGACCAGUAACACUCACAGUUGACCUUAUUCAAGGCACUGACCAGUUCAACAUUUGUGAGAAUGACACUCUAGUAGUGGACGGCAAUAUCUACUGCCCUGAAGGUCAGUUUCUGGACAGAGACCUAUACAAGAAUGUCCGAGAGUAUUCGAGUCACGAAGAGACCACGGACUUCCAACUGACUCGCGAGGAAAUCUACCGAGAGCUGAGGCUGAGGGGCUACGAGUACGGGCCGGCAUUUGAAGGCAUCUCAAGCUGUAGUGAGACAGGUCUGACUGGAGAGCUGAAAUGGGAUGGUCGCUGGAUCACUUUCACUGACGCCAUGCUCCAGACACAGAUCCUGUCCCGAACAGGCACCGGUCUGUUCCUCCCUACCAGGAUCCAAAGCCUGAAGAUAGACCCAAGAUCCCAACCAGGGGCGCCUGGAGAAGGAAAACACAUUGAUAUUCCAGUAUGCACAGAUCAGGUGCUGGACUUAACAUUCAGUGGGGGUGUUGAACUCCAUGGUCUUCAUGUGACUGCUGCACCAUUCAGGGGCUCCCAAGCUGCCCCUGUCCUCGAGAAGUGUCUCUUUCAUCCCUAUCUUCAAGACGAUGUCGUCGCCUGCACAGAGCUGACAGCAUAUGUCGAGCGUUAUGUCAAACCCGCGCUUGACAAUCUCAAGUUGUCUAAUUGUGAGUGUGCUACCCGAUCAGGGUGCAGGAAAUCUUCACUCAACAAAGAGCCGAUGGACUGUAUAACUGAGGAUUCAACGACACAACAGAACUCAAACACGCAGAGUGAUUCUCUGCCUAGCAGUGCAUUUACGGAACUUCUGACUCUUCUCAUGGAUAUGAAUAGUGAUGAAAACAUUUUACAGCACUUUCACACAGAACACGUGUUGGAAGAACUACGCACGGGCAUGGAAAGCGUUGAGAAUUUAAAACCAUGUAUAGACAUCGUGUUGGAAAAUGUCUCGUCGUCCUCUCCUGUGAGUGUUUUGGAAGUUGGGGCAGCGAAAAGUACUUUGUACCGCAAAAUCGUGCCUUCAAUUACAAAUUGUCCAACUUUUAGUGUGAACUACACUGGAGCAGACAAAAAUCCUCUUCCUGCUGACGCUAAAACUUUCGAUGUGAAGUUCUCCCAGUGGGACCCAUCCACAUCCAAGUCUGUCCCACCUGGCCAAGUCCAACUGCUGGUUCUGAAGAAUGUGUUGCACAAACAGCCAGACAUCGACAGUAUGCUGGAGACAGUCUCCACCAUGGUCGUCCCCGAGGGCUUUAUCCUUGUCGAGGAGGUCACCAAGAACGUCCCGCUUUAUGUCGCAUUGGAAACCAUUUCUGACAAACUGUCCAACAACAACGUUCAAGAUGUCUGCCGGGCGUGUGAUAGUUUCUUGACUGAAAGUUCCUGGGUGGAAGUGUUCACAAAACACAAUUACGAUGUCAUCUGUAGGAAAUCUGACAAUCUCCUCUCCACGCUGUUCCUGCUCCGAAAGAAGGCUGUGAUCCCUUUGUCUCCAACUUUGAUUUUUAUCAACGAAAUAACCGAUUUCUCGUGGGUCGACAGUCUGAAGUCCAAAAUGAAAACUUUAGACACGUCUCAAGCAAAUUCAAGGUUGUGGAUCAUUGCGGCAGUUGAAGAUAUUAGCGGCAUCACGGGUCUUAUCAAAUCUCUCCGUAAAGAGCCCAGUGGGGGGAAAGUCAGAUGUGCACUGAUCAGUAACACAAAGCAGUCCUCUCCACGCCCUAUCCUGACUGUUGAAAGCGUUGGAUUUCAGAACUUAAUAGAAAAAGAUUUGGUGAUCAAUGUGUACAGGGACGGCCAUUGGGGAAGCUUCAGAAAUCUUCCUCUGACAGAAGGUGGGGCUGCCAGUGAGAAACAAUGUGAGUUCGCUUACGUUGACAUCCAGACACGGGGUGACUUGUCCAGUUUCAGGUGGAUUGAGUCGCCUCUGAAGUACUUUCAACCUGAUGGCAGUGAUACAGAACUAUGCAGUGUGUACUACACAUCUCUGAACUUCCGAGAUGUGAUGCUGGCCACUGGCAAACUGCCACCGGAUGCAAUCCCUGGGCACAUAGCGUCGCAGGACUGUAUUUUGGGCUUGGAGUUCUCAGGCAGAGACAGCAAGGGCAGCAGAAUCAUGGGCAUUCUGCCAGCCAAGGUAAAGACAAUAGUUGUUUAAUAUGGGUUACAGGU